UCAGAGCUGCUCCCAUGGGAACAGCUCCAGGGCCUGGUGUGGACACAGAGUGACCGGAGCCACAGCAGCUCCGACCCCGGAUUCCCAUGGAUCAGCCCGAAUAGAGUUGUGCCUCCAGCUCCAUUUGGGGAGGAUUUUCCCAGGUGGAAGGAUUAGAUCUGGCGGGAUGUCAGAGACAUCCCGAAGGAUCCGGCAGAUUUAUGGAAUGAUUCCGGGGGGUUUGGAGCACUGAACCCAGACGCAAAACCACCCGGAGAGAUGGAGCAGAGCCCCAUGGCAAUGAUCCUGCUGUGCGCCCUGUGCAUUCCAGCGGCGCUUCCCUCGGAGCCGGAGCCUCCCGCGGGAUCGGGAUCGGGCUCGGAGCUUCCCGCGGGAUCGGAGCCCAUCCCGCUGGGGCUGAAGGCCAUGGUGGUGGUGAACUCCACGCCCUGCAGCGUCACCUGCGGGCUGGGCGUGAAGGAGGAGCGGCUGUGCGAGGUCAGCCCAGCCGGGGAGCGCCAGAAUUGCUCCCUGGUGCGUUCCCGCUGCCUUAGCCAUUGGAUCUGCGGCCUCCGGCACCUCAGCGUUCCCGAGGGAAAUCCCAUCCGCCUCACCUGCCUCUCCCCGGACGCCGCCAGCCUGGAGGGACCAAAUUUCGGCUACACCUGGAGGUUCGCCCACGGGCUCAUCACCACCAACGACCUCCUGUUCCAUCCUUUCCACAAUCCC